CGAGGGAGCGGGACUCAGCAACGCUGUUGUUCCUUUUGCUGUAAAACCUUCUGAUUUUUAAACAAGCAGUCAUAUCAGCGAACGACGAAAAUGGAACUGUAAACAUUCAGACAAUACGCCGAGGGAUACUCAGUGGAAUAGGCUAUAACCUCGUUCGUUUGAUUGAACUGUAGUAGUUUCCUGUGUAUUUGAUUUCUUUGGACGUUGUCGUAGCAUUUUUAUUUUGUUGGUGGGGACCUCAUUGCUUCAACUCAGGAACUCUCCAUUGACAUUCCCUGCUUUGGCAGCUACCGUAUCUUUUUGCCGCAUCUCUCCAUGACGAUCAGCCGAAAACAUAACUUCAUUUUAAUACACUGAGUGAAAAUGGCAGCUGCUCUCAGUGGCCGAAAUCCGGGUGGACGCGGACCAAACCCCAGAAAAGGCCGGAUUUUAGGCAUCAUUGACGCCAUUCAGGAUGCAGUUGGGCCACCAAAACAAGCUGCAGCCGACCGCCGGACUGUAGAAAAGACGUGGAAGCUAAUGGACAAAGUUGUGAGACUUUGUCAGAACCCCAGAUUACAACUGAAGAACAGUCCUCCAUACAUCUUGGAUAUAUUGCCGGACACAUACCAGCAUUUGCGGUUGAUAUUGUGCAAAUAUGAAGAGAAUCAGAGAUUGAUUCAGCUCAGUGAGAAUGAAUACUUUAAGGUCUAUAUUGACAGUCUGAUGAAGAAAUCUAAAAGGGCAAUUCGCCUCUUCAAGGAGGGAAAGGAGAGGAUGUAUGAGGAGCAGUCACAAGACAGGAGAAACCUCACUAAACUGUCUCUGAUCUUCAGCCAUAUGUUGGCUGAGAUCAAGGCCAUCUUUCCCGGUGGCCAGUUCCAGGGUGACACCUUCCGCAUUACCAAGGCAGACGCCGCAGAAUUCUGGAAGAGGUUUUUUGGAGAGAAGACAAUUGUGCCAUGGAAAGUCUUUCGACAGUGCCUUCAUGAAGUACAUCCAAUCAGCUCGGGACUAGAAGCCAUGGCCCUAAAAUCCACCAUCGAUUUGACCUGCAAUGACUACAUCUCUGUCUUUGAGUUUGACAUCUUCACCAGGCUCUUUCAGCCGUGGGGCUCCAUUUUGAGGAACUGGAACUUCCUGGCGGUGACGCACCCGGGCUACAUGGCCUUCCUGACCUACGACGAGGUGAAGGCCCGUCUGCAGAAGUACAUCAACAAGCCUGGCAGCUACAUCUUCAGGCUGAGCUGCACCCGGCUGGGCCAGUGGGCCAUCGGCUACGUCACCAGCGAUGGGAACAUCCUGCAGACCAUCCCCCACAACAAACCGCUGUUCCAGGCCCUCAUCGACGGCUGCAGGGAGGGCUUUUACCUGUUCCCGGAUGGACGCAGUUACAACCCUGACCUGACGGGCUUGUGCGAACCAACCCACCAUGACCACAUCAAAGUGACACAGGAGCAAUACGAGCUGUACUGCGAGAUGGGCUCCACCUUCCAGCUGUGCAAGAUCUGCGCCGAGAACGACAAGGACGUCAAGAUCGAGCCCUGCGGACACCUGAUGUGCACUUCCUGUCUGUCGGCCUGGCAGGAGUCGGAUGGACAGGGAUGUCCGUUCUGUCGGUGUGAGAUUAAGGGCACGGAACCGAUCAUAGUGGAUCCGUUUGACCCCCGUAACGACGGGAGCAAGUGCUUCUUCUUGGACAAUUUCAGCUGCCCAAUGCUAGACCUGGACGAUGAUGACGAUCGCGAAGACACACUGGUCAUGAAUGGACUGGCCUCCAUUAGAAAGUGCACUGAGAGGCAGAAUUCGCCCAUCAUGUCCCCCAACUCCUCCCCUGUUGCCCAGCGUAGGAAAGCCCUGCCUGACCCGUCAGGGGGCAUCCAGCACCUCAGCCUACCUCCAGUGCCACCCAGACUGGACCUCAUCCAGAAGGGCAUCAUCCGCUCCCCCUCAGCCAGCCCCACUGGCUCUCCAAAGUCCUCUCCAGGGAUGCCCAGGAAGCAGGACAAGCCACUUCCUGCUCCGCCUCCCCCACAGAGAGACCCUCCCCCGCCGCCGCCCCCUGAGAGACCUCCCCCCAUCCCGCCGGAUGGUCGCGCCGCCUGGCUCUCGUCUCCGUCGUCCGGCCUGCCCCGGGACCCACAGCUGCCGCCCGAGGCCUGGUGCCCCAAAGACAGCCCGCUCGUAGACGGUCGGCCGGGAGCCGACCGCUCCCCCAAGCUGGCCCAUUCGGCGCCCUCGCACGUGAACGGCCGGCCGCUGAGCUGUCCGCUGGUGGAGAGCGGAGCGGUCCGGCCACAGCAUAGACUGGACGGCCUGGCAGAUGGCCCUAAGGCUUUCUCUAAUGGCCUCAUGCUCAGUGAUGAAUAUGAUAUCCCCCCUCGCCACUCCCCUCCUCCUCCUGCUCUUACCAGCAGCCAGCAGAGAUAUCCUAAUCCCUUCACCAGUCCGUGCGUGGAGAAGGCGCGACUAAUGGAGCGGCUGGAGGACGAGUACCAGGUCCCUUCCUCCCACCCGGUGUGCCUCUCCCAGCCGCCCAUCUGCAUCUCCGUGCGCGUCCCCGACAGGGCCUUGGAGAAUGGCAUCUUAGAUCAGCCCUCCUCAGAGGGGAAGAGACCCAAAGCCCCAGAGCACGGUGGUCUGUUUGACUCGGGCUCAUUGCUAUCCGCAGUAGCACCUUCCCCAGUCUGUCCUCUCCACAACAGGACUCCGUCAGACUACGACAUUCUUCUCCCCCCACAAGCCUCCCCUGCAGACGACCCCUUCAACAGCACCCCGCCCUCCCAGCCUCCUCCCCCUCCCCCCGUCAGGCACAGUUUCCCCGAGCUCCCCACCUCCUCGUCCUCGUCCUCGUCCCCAUCCUCCUCCCGCGCGGCCAGGCCCGCCUCUGGACACGACCAUUUCCUGCUCAACCCUGCAGACUCCUUCCUCGGCGUGCUGAGUGGAUCGGCCCCCGUGCCUCCGCGCAGACAGACAGAGGACAAUAUGAAGUCUCUAGCGAGGAACUCUCAAGAGUACGACCAACUGCCCCCGACGUCAGCCUGGUCCUGUCUCUCUCUUGCAGUCGCCGGAGAUUGCUGCUUGCAGGCCCCCGCCAGGCCGCCCAAGCCCCUGCCCAGGAAGACGCCUCCGGACAUCCACCACAGGAAGAGUCACGGCCACGAGUCGUCGCGCGAGAACGUGGACGCCAAAAUCGCCAAACUGAUGGGAGAGGGCUACUCGUUCGAGGACGUCAAGCGGGCGCUGAUGAUCGCUCAGAAUAAAGUGGACGUGGCGCGGAACAUUUUGCGAGAGUUUGCGCUGGUGGCGCCGAGACUGAACCUGUAGCCCGCCGCGCCGCGAAAAAACUCCGGAUUGGCGACUGCGGCGAAACAGGAAACAGGAAGGCCAGUUCACCUGUGUCAAGUCAGGUGGGGUGGCACGUGGGUCGGAGACAGGGGGGGUGGGGGUUCAACGACAGAUCUCGGUCCGUGAAUAGGGGAGCUGUACACAAGCUCUGUUGUUAUUAGCCAUAGCAAAAAGGUUGGACCAGGGGAGAAGCAUUUACCUGUUGAAACAUGAAACCUGUGAAAGAAAAAAAAAACAGAAAUAAAAAAAAAAAACAACCAGAAAACAAAAAGUGUGUUUACAGAGAACAGCUGUGUGGUGGGCUUGCUGGUGCUGGUGCCUGUCUGUGAUGCCAGUCUGUGCAGGCCGUCUCUCAGCACUCCUGCAACUGCUGCUGCUGCCAGCCACCCUGCACCCCCGCUCUGCCCUGCUCUGCCCAGCCCUGCCCUGCCCAGCCCUGCGUGCCCAGAUCCGACUCCAGCUGGACCCUGUUCUCCAGGCUGACUCUGUUAUUUUUGUACUGUUUUUAAUAUAAAUGUUAUUCUUUUCGCGGUUUCUAGCUAUUGUGUAAUCAGUAUUGUACUGUUUGACCAGGCUAACGCAACACCCCGAGCCUACAGUAUAAUAGAUCCCUGUCGCAUGUGGCCUUCACUACUGAUUCUUCUCAGAGCAGUUCUUUGUCUUGAAAAAAAAAAGAAAGAAAAAAAAAGCCUCCUUUAACAUGCUCGGCCCUGAAUGUAAAGUGCAUUCUUCAGUCUGGCACAAGGUUGAGUAUUUUUGUCUCUUUUUUUUGUGGUAGAUACGAAGGCAGAACACCCUACCGUAUCUACACCUACCUGACCAUUCUGUUACAUUUUGUAUUUUCGUUUCUUUGUUUUGUUGUUUUUCCGUUAUUUUAACCUGUUAAGAUCUUGGUGGUCACCUAAUUUCGGGGGCACUGAUGCUCUAAAGCGCUCUGUGGAUCACUCCAGCAGGUCCUUGCCCUCUGCAUUGCAGGUUUCUGUUGGUAGCGUCUAGCCUGAGGGAGGGACAGCCCAAGUUGGUGUAGGAGCAGGGGGCUCCAUGAGUGGCUCCCCCCUGUGGAGAGCGUAGUGUAGUGAAUGUACUGUGGAACACACAGGAGCAGCCCCUAAAGCUCCUCAUGGCUCCGUCAUGUGAACAGCAAGUGGACACCCACCCACCCACCCACUCACCCCUCCACUCACCCCUCCACUCAACCCUCCAUCUCCAGGGAGGAGCCCUCGAAGGCCAAUAAAGCAGAGAAUGUAUUCAGGGGUGCCUUUCCCAAAGCCGUAGUUGCUAACUAAGUUAGCAGCGUUGUUGGUUGCAAUGCAGUUUCCAAUUGCCAACAGGUUAGCAGCUAUGAUUUUGGGAGACGCACCCCAGUUUGGGAGAAUGCAGGGAGGGGUUUUGCUGGACAGUCACAGUACAACACAACGUGAGGAAUCUGUAAAGAAUGCCAUUAUAUCAGGAGUACACCAAUAAUGCUGGUGCACAGGUAAUUAUGGGAUGGAUUCAGAAUUAUUGUAUUUAUGUUAUGUGUUGUUUAAACAAGUGCUUAGUUUGGAUGGGCUUUGCAUUCAGCACCAAAAGGGAAUUAUAUAGGCUAUCCAUCUGCUAACAUCUAGUCUUGUGGAUAACAGAGCAUAAGAUCUUAACAUAAUAAAUACUUAACUUGUCUGUUAGGAUUGGAUAUCUCAAACAUGUAACCAGCCCCUUUAAGCUUCCAAUGCGUGCAAAAUAUUCCACCUCUGGUACCAGCAGGCUUUUGUAGUCUGCUCUGAUCAACAAGCCUAUGACUCAGAAACUAAUUGUAGUUGCUGUUACAAGAUGCUGGUUGUCUCCCACAGAGCAUAGUAGCAUCGAUAAAGUGCUUGAGGGUUAUAUCAGGAGGAUUCCAGAUGAUUCUUAUUAGACCAUCUCCAUGAGGCCUUUGAACGAUUAUACCAACAACAGACUGCUUUGAUCCUUUUACCCGCUCUUCUACUUCUCCUCUGAUCAGGUUUUUGUUUUUUUGUAAUCUUAACUUGAAGCUUUAUUUUGCACUGGUCUCUCUCUUUAAUCUUAAACUUGAAAGUCUAGAACUGCGUGGUAACUCUUUGGCCUACAUUUAAGAGUAAGUGGCCUUGUUCAGAUUUGCAGGGCGUUAUUUUCUCUACUUUCAUUCUUUUACAGAACAUUUUGUUUGUCAAAAAAUGCCUUGUGGAACAUGUAAACAUAGUGAUGUGUGCAAUUAAUUUAUACUUUGUUUAAGGAUUCUCUUGAGAUUAUUUCCAUUGUUUAAAGUAACCAGUAAUUUGUUCAUGUGAAAAUGUUUUAUAAAAGCCAGUAUUAACAUUGUU